ACGCUAUUCCCUGUGAAGACGCUAUUUCUUGUGAAGACUGCAUUCCUUGUGAAUGCGCUACUCCGGGUGAAGACGCUAUUCCCAGUGAAGACGCUAUUCCCGGGGAAUGCGCUAUUUCGGGUGGAGACGUUGUUCCCGGUGCAGACGCUAUUCCCCGUGAACACACUAUUCCUUGUGAAGACGCUAUUCCGGGUGAAGACGCUAUUCCCGGUCAAGACGCUGUUCUUUGUGAAAACGCAAUUCCCGGCGCUAUUCCGGGCGAAGACGCUAUUCCCUGUGAAGACGCUGUUCCGUUUGAAGACGCCAUUCCCGGUGGAGACGCAAUUCCGGGUGAAGGCGCUUUUCCCUGUGAAGACGCUGUACCCCGUGAA